AUGGCUGAGCAACUAUUAGAACAGGCGCGCGACAUAUUUGAGGGCCAGAUUGACUUUGAGGGCCAGAAGCUGGUUGAGCUUCUCGUCAAUGUGGCAUUGACACUCGUCGGGGCGGUCGCCUUUCUCGUCGGUUACUUCCUCCAGGACAUCAAGCUCGCCGUCUACAUUGGUCUCAUCGGGACCGCCGCCGUUUUCCUCCUCGCUGUUCCGCCGUGGCCAUUCUACAACCGACACCCAGUGAAAUGGCUCCCUGUGGGGGGCGUCACACCGCCGGCAAAUCUCGUGGUGGAUGAUAAAAUGUUUCGAUAA